AUGCAUAAAGUUAAAUAAAAUAGUACUUAGCAGGUUAUCAAAAAGAGGAGUUUAUCUUAGCUAAUACAAAUAGUUGAAGAAGAAAUUUAGUUUCCAGAUAACAACGUCACUGUAAUGUCAUCAAUUCAAAAGCAGAUUAAAAAGACUGAAAACUCAUUUGUUCCUAGCUCAGGAAAAGACAUUGGCUAGCUGCGUAAGCUAGUUUUAAAUCACGAAUAUUAUACAAGCAUAGAUGGCAAUAUCAUUACUGAGAAAUAUAUAAAAUUAAAAAGGACUAGGAGAGCCAUAAAAAAAUAAAAAUAUCAGCAGCAAUUUAUGUUCUUGUAAACAUAAGCUAAUCCUUUCUCAUAAACAUAAACUGCCUAUUUGCAACCUUAAUACUUUAAUUAACUUUAAAUACAAAAUAUGUAUUCUCCAGCUUUAGCGUAGAAUUUAUAGGGCACCAAUUAUGAUUAACAAUUAUCUGCUUUUUAGUAAAAUUAAAUCAUGCAUCUAUAAACUUUACCCUCCUUAGAAUAAGCAAACAGCUAAAUAAUGAAGCAAUAGUUGGGACAACAAUUGCUUGUGCCACAAUAAAGUCUUUAAAUUCAAUAAUAACAAUCUAUGAUUUAAAUAUAAAACCACUCCCAAAAUGGAGAGUACUAAGGAAUGGUUAACAAUUACAUGAAAAUGGAUAGAGUUUAACUAAGCGUUAAGAAAGAUGUGUCUAAAUUGGAUGAAGAAAGUGAAAGCAACUUCUCUGACGAUUACGAAGAAAGCAGCGAAAGUGAUUAAAUGGUUUAUGAAAAAUUUUCUUAUACUUACAGUUAUAUGUAGAACGACAGAAAAAAAGACAUAACAAUAGAACACCACGAUUUAAAAAAAUUGGUGCCUAACCAAUACCUCAAUGACACAAUAGUUAACUUUUUCUUGAAAUUUUUUGAGGUUGAAAUCCUAAGCUAGGAAAUGAAAGAAAAGGUACUCAUAUUCAAUACAUACUUUAUGUCUAAAUUGGCGCCAAAUGACCAAAUAGAACAACUAUCUUCAAGUAGCUUUGAAGUCAUAAAUGGCUUGUUUGAAAAAAAUUACUAAGCUGUACGCAGAUGGAUUAAAGAAGAUAUCUUUGAAAAAUAAUUCCUAGUAUUUCCUCUCAAUUUACCUGAGCACUGGUCAGUCAUCAUAGUCUGCAACCACAAAAACUUAUUCGACCAAGACGAAAAAAGCGAAGCUAGACAAUAAAAUAGCUCAGAAAAUCCUACUACCAUAGAUGAAGACGAUGAAUAAGACUAAGACAAAGAAAUAAAGGACGAAAACUCAUCAAAUAAACCAAAAAAAGAAUAUAACAAGCCAUGUUUAGUUUACUUUGACAGCUUUGGACUACUUGAUCCAAAGUACUCAAACAUGAUCAGAUUAUAUCUCAACAAGGAGUAUGAAACGAAGAAAAAGAGUACCAUAUAAAAGAACAUAGUUUAUAACGAGAGAACAUUACCUUCGCAUUAACCUCUAAUUCCUAGAUAAACAAACUACGUAGACUGUGGACUAUACUUGUUAGAAUAUGUAGAGAAUUUUUUGAACGACCCUUAAUAGAUCCUUAGUUUAUUCAAUAAUACGGAAUUUGAUGAGUGGAUCCAUUUAAGAUGGUUCCCUAGAUGUAACAUACAUAAAAAAAGGAAGUUCAUUAAAGAACUUUUGAUAGAUUUAUCUAAGCUAAGUAAAGAAGAGGCAGCAAAGAAUUAUUAACAAAAGAGAGCUAAUUUAUUAGAGCUUAAAAAAGAUAAUGCUAGCUAAUAUGAUGAAAUAGAUAUGGAAGAAUUUGAAGACCAUAUUGAUGAGAUAGCUGAGUAUGAAGAAGACUAUCCUAAUACUUAGGAAGAAAAACAUAGACAACUCUUAGAUUUCUAUAUGAAUCCCAAUUUUAACAAAUACGAUGUGGUUUGA